AUGACGGUCUACUACACUCUCACUUUCAUGCUCCUCGCCUCCGAGAUGGGCGCGUUCUGCGUGCUCGUUUUCCCUCUACCGCACGUGGUCCGCAAGAAGAUCUUCAACUUUCUCUCCGAGUCUCCUUUGAUCGCGAAGGUUGCAUACGGGGUCAAGAUUUCGUUCAUUUUCGUGGCGAUAUUAUUCGUGGAUGCGGUGCAGAGGAUGUGGAGGGUGACUGCGGAGGCGGAUUUGGCCAAGUCGACGGGUUCGGGUACGAACAUCGCGGCGCGCAAAUUCUAUGCGCAGCGCAACGUGUACCUGACCGGUUUCUGCCUGUUCCUGUCCCUUGUCCUCACCCGCACGUUCUCCAUGGUCCUCGACCUCAUUCACACCCAAGAAGAGUAUGCCAAGUUGAAGCAGUCGUUGAACGGUGUGGAUCAGGCUAAGGAGAUCAAGGAUCUCAAGGCUCGGCUUACAGUGGCUGAAGAAAGGCGAAAAGCUAUGGUGCAUGUUGUGAAGAAGCAAGCGGAGCAGAACGCGCAGGAGUACGACCGACUGGCUGAGGAGUACAACAGGGUGACGGGCAGCAAAAGUGAUAAGCGCAGGGAUUGA